AUGUGUGCCGACUCUUGCAAGCUGGAGAUAUGGCUAGACUGCCGGUUCUCCGGCACAGAGGGGCCGGCGCCCCUGGCCUGCGACCGGCGGCUCCUUUAUAGUGGUGCCACAGCAGGGAAGCGUGACCUGGUCUGUGGCGCAGGAGGCCGUGUCGAGGAUUGCGAUGGUAAAGAGAUGGGCGUUCUCUUCAUCGGCACCGGGGGAGAAGUCCACAAGCAUGCCCUGGAGAUAAUGGGGAACGUUGACUGGGUUAUCCUACAGGCUGACUCUCUGGUUCCGUCGGGUGCGCUGCUGGCUGCAAGUAGCAGGCAUGGGACGCGGCUGGCGGUUGUGCUUAGCAACGAGCAGCACUUGGAGGAUUUCGAACCGGCGCUGCCGAGGACCGGUGCGUUGGUAGUUUCUGAUGACACGCUGCUGAACAAAGCCAUGGUAAAGCGCAUGGCACUCAACAAAUCAGAGUCGCCGAUGCUGAACACAGUGUGCGGCGGCAUCUUUCUCCCUGCAGCUGAAGAGCUUAAGCUGGUCACCGUGGAGUCUGUGGAGGUCGUCAGUGGUGAAGCCGACAGAGUGUACCUGGACAUGAUCAGCAUGCUGCAAGAUGGUGAGGGUGCACUGGUGGGCUCAACGGCAAAAGCUUUAUGUUUCAUCCACGCAGACUCCGGAGGACGUGCUUUCAGAAUAAAUGCGGGUCCUGUGCACGCGUACGUGGCCCUGCCGGACGGACGCACCAAGUACUUGAGUGACGUCGAAGCUGGCGACCAGAUCUUGAUGGUGGACCUGGGAAGGGGUGGCGGAGGAGCACCUGCCAGCCGCAGUGUGAAUGUUGGCCGAUGCCAAGUGGAGCGGCGACAAGUUGCCCGAAUUCGAUUGCACUUUGAUGGAGAGCACAGUCAGUUGUUUCUUGAGUGGAUCGACACUGUUCGCCUUCAUGGUCGACAUGCAUCCGGCGGUCCGGGCCAAGCAUGCUCCCCGCUGCCAAUCACGCAGCUUCGAGCAGGCGAUGAGAUCCUGGUCCAUUGGGCAAGUUCCAGUCCGUCCCGAGCUGUACAUACAGUGCACUCCAUUCCGUCUGAGAAGUAG